AACAGUGUUACAGGAGGUUAUUUGGACAUCUAAACGCGCAUUUUAUAAUUAACGUAACACUUCAUGCUGAAUGUUUUUGUUUAGGCCUACUGUUUUAUUUACCCCCCCCCCCCCUUUUUUUAUUUUAUUUUUUAAAAUUAUUUUUACAUUUUAAGAGUUAUAGUUUUGCUCCCACAUGUAGUAUACCGGAGUUCCGCAUUUAUAUUUAUUUGAUUUUUCUUUUUUUUUCUUUCUUUAAAUAAAAAAAAAAGUCAAUAGCACUUAUUUAUUUACUGUGCCACCUGUUUUCUUGCUAUAAUCAGAUUUACUGCGUAAAUAUACGAAAAGCUUAAUUAGAAGGAAAUUAUCUGUGAAAGUAAGAAUGAGAAGGAAAUUAUCUGUGAAAGUAAGAAUGAGAAGGAAAUUAUCUGUGAAAGUAAGAAAGAGAAGGAAAUUAUCUGUGAAAGUAAGAAAGAGAAGGAAAUUAUCUGUGAAAGUAAGAAAGAGAAGGAAAUUAUCUGUGAAAGUAAGAAAGAGAAGGAAAUUAUCUGUGAAAGUAAGAAUUAAAAGGAAAUUAUCUGUGAAAGUAAGAAUGUGAAGGACGUUAUCUUUGAAAGUAAGAGUGAGAAGGACAUUAUCUGUGAAAGUAAGAAUGAGAAGGACAUUAUCUGUGAAAGUAAGAAUUAGAAGGAAAUUAUCUUUGAAAGUAAGAAUGAGAAGGACGUUAUCUUUGAAAGUAAGAAUUAAAAGGAAAUUAUCUGUGAAAGUAAGAAUUAAAAGGAAAUUAUCUGUGAAAGUAAGAAUUAAAAGGAAAUUAUCUAUGAAAGUAAGAAUUAAAAGGACAUUAUCUGUGAAAGUAAGAAUGAGAAGGACAUUAUCUGUGAAAGUCGCACUGGAUUAAUAAGUCGACUGACAUUAACCGAGUAAAAUCACUAAGAACAAUCUCGGAUAAACCGAUCCUAAAUGAAUAGCCGCAUAAAUUCUUAGUCAGGAUGUAACACCGAAUGUCCUAUACAUUUCUACUAAUGAAUCGGUUUAUAGACUCCUAAGGCUGAUUGUUUCCCCCUAAUAAAUAUAAGAUGGGAAAUGUAUAGCUACAGAAGAAACACCAGCGCAACAUUAACGUGUGAUGUUAUUAAACGACUCACAUAUCAGACAUAUUCCUAUCAGACAGUCAGAAUUAUUUCAUGGAAUACUUUACACAAUCGACAAACAGCGUUUUAAAAGCGAUUUCUUAUUUUUCUCUCAUAGAACAGGUUCAACUUUUUUGUUUUGAACGACUUCCCAGCUGAAAUCUACUUCUCCGAUACGACGUGUUUUUGCCCUCCUUUCUCAUUGGACAGCGCGUUUUGGCUCGUACUGCUUCCACGUGUGUGAUUGGCUGAGCAGAGUUUGACAGGGUGUGAGAGGGUUGCCCUCGACGCUUCGAAAAAAAAAAAAAAGAAAAAAAAAAGUUCUCCAGAAGCGAGUAUCAAUCAGAGAGAAGAAAGAAACACACUGAGACAGAGGAAUAGAAAGUGGAGCCACACAAAACUAGAAGAUCUAUGCGCAAAAUACAGCUCGGAGCGAGGCGAUACGCACUUUAGGAAUGGCCGCGCACGUGUCCAGGAUCCUUCAACGUGCGAAUUAGAUGCUCGUUUGGAUUAUUUUUUGUCACUGGAGAACUUUUUGAACUUGUACAACCGCUGUGAGUGUGUGCGCCGGCCCUGCGCUUGGUGCCUGCGGAAGGUGCUGUUAAGAUUCACUCUCGGCUGGAUUUGCCGUGGGAGAGAUGAGCGAGAGGAGGCGAUCGGCAGCCGCGCUGAGCUCCAGAGCGCACGCCUUCUCGGUGGAGGCUCUCAUCGGCUCGAACAAAAAGCGUAAGCUCCGAGGCUGGGAGGAGAAGGCUCUCGAGCUCUCUAUGGAAAACCUCGCAAGCAACGGACAGCUGGGGGACGGAGAAGACACCGGUCAGUGCCUGGAUAUCGACCCGGAUUGCGAGGCCAGUCCAGGCUCGGACGGCGAGGUUCUGGCGGAGAGAUCGUCCUGCUCACUCGGUAGCCCCGCGGAUCUGAACCCCGCCGCCUCCAUGGAUGAGAUCCAGGUGGAGCUGCAGUGCGCGGAUCUGUGGAAGCGCUUCCACGACAUCGGCACGGAAAUGAUCAUCACCAAGGCGGGAAGGAGAAUGUUUCCUGCCAUGAGAGUUAAAAUUGUGGGACUGGAUCCACAUCAGCAGUAUUAUAUAGCCAUGGAUAUAGUACCUGUGGACAACAAGAGAUACAGGUAUGUUUAUCACAGCUCAAAAUGGAUGGUAGCUGGAAAUGCAGACUCUCCUGUUCCCCCGCGUGUGUAUAUCCAUCCGGAUUCACUGGCCUCCGGGGACACGUGGAUGAGACAGGUGGUCAGCUUUGACAAACUGAAACUCACCAACAACGAGCUGGAUGACCAAGGACAUAUCAUCCUACACUCCAUGCACAAGUAUCAACCACGUGUCCAUGUGAUCCGGAAGGACUUCAGCAGCGAGCUGUCUCCUACUAAGCCCGUGCCCACUGGGGAAGGAGUGAAGACGUUCAGCUUCCCUGAAACUGUUUUCACCACAGUCACAGCGUAUCAAAACCAACAGAUCACCCGACUAAAGAUUGACCGCAACCCGUUUGCUAAAGGUUUCCGGGAUUCGGGGAGAAACAGGACAGGUCUGGAGGCGAUCAUGGAAACGUAUGCCUUUUGGAGACCACCUGUGAGGACGCUUACAUUUGAGGAUUUCACUAACAUGCAGAAACAGCAAGGAGGGAGCACUGGCACAUCUCCUACUACCUCGAGCACUGGUACACCAUCUCCUUCUAGCGCGACUCACCUUCUCUCUCCUUCCUGCUCUCCUCCCACCUUCCAUCUUGCUCCCAACACCUUCAAUGUGGGCUGCAGGGAAAGCCAGCUGUGUAACCUGGGGCUGUCUGAGUAUCCUGCCUGUGCCCGAAGCAAUAUGCCAACCUUGCAGGGCUACGGAGGACUGGCCGACGGAUCCUACGGCCGUCUCCAGUCAGCAGGUGGCGGCAUGGCCUCCGCCCAGCCUUCAGACUCUUUCCUGCCCCAGAGGACUUCCUCUUUAAUUGCAGCAGGAAUGCAGGGCAGCACUCACACCUCAUUGCCCACCAGUAGUAAUGGCGGCGGUAGCACUGGUGGCAAAAUGGAUGCUUAUGGAAGUCAGUUGUCAUCUUUCCCCACCUCCCAGCUCCAGUAUGUGAUGCAGGCAGGGGCAGGUACGGCCUCUGGCUCGUCCGCGUCUCCAGGGACUUCCCCUUCCUCGGCGCACAUGUUUACCGGGAGUCAUCACCACAUGCAGCAGGGCUCAUACAACGCCUUUUCCAUGCACAAUCCAUACAACCUCUAUGGAUACAACUUCCCAGCUUCCCCACGAUUGGCCACCAACUCAGAGAAAUCUCAGGCCAGCCUGCUGUGCUCAUCUUCUGCUGGGGCCUUUGCUGAGCGUCAGUACCUGUCCGGUGGCAGCAUGGACAGCAUGCCCAUGAUAGGAAAUCCCAGCAGUAGCCAGCAGGUGUCCACAGCCUGUGAUGGUCGCCAGUAUAGCUCCUCCUCUCAAAUGUCUAUGCACAUGGUUUAAAAAAAGAAAAACAGGGUGAAACUUUGUGUGUCAUCAGAGCAAGAAGUCAUACCAAACUGUUUCUCCGUCUGUUUUUCUGCUAUAAUAGAAUUUUAGCAUUUUCAAAAAAUACUGUGUACGUCACAUGUUGCCGAUGGACAAAGGUACAGAGCAAAUCUUGAAUCCUUUUAAAAAGGGGCUAAUCAUCUCAUGUGCAGACUUUAAAUCACUCAUGAGGAGUACACGGACAACGUAAAAGUGUUAUUUAUGUCAUUUUUCUUUAUGAUACAUGCCAAAAAUAGGCAAAUACAUAUAAGAUCGUAUGGACCUGCCUUCUUUACUUUCCAACCUCAAUCCAACGCAGUAUUGACGCAAAUGAAAUACUUUGUCUUAUGAGGGUGCUCUUGAAGGAGUCUAGUGAGAUUUGGUGCAAUAAUGGACUCACUGAAUCAUUUCUUAUCACACACAUCCUUUAUCUAAACAACGGACACUCAAAGCUGACCUAGGUGUUGUUUUUGUUCAAUAAUAAAAGCACAUCGAUCUGCUUCAUAACAAAGUCAUUUGAGCGAAAUCGAAACAUUAUGCCAGUGAAUAUUGUUCACUUGAAAAGUGGAAAACGUUCACCUGAAGGACACCGAUGGGCAGGAACUGGAUUUGGAGAACUGUUACUUUCGGUAAAUUUGUCCUUGCCGAUUUUAUUAGAACUUGCUUAACCAAAUUUGGAGUGUAUCACCUUUUUAGACACUAAGCUGUAAUGUUGAUGUGUGGAAAACAUAGAAUACCAGAGUAUUAAAUGUAUGUUUUGGAGUGCUGUAGAAGUGUAAAGUAUUUAAGUGCUAUGUGACAAAACAAAUGUGCAGUAAAUAUAGGUGCCAAGCACAAAACCUCAGCAAUGCAAUUCAGUUCCUACAACGUACACUAUUUGGCAGCCUGUUUAAGAAUUUUGUAAGAUUUAUUCUUUCAACUGGUUGUGAAAGAAGUGUAUCGACGUGGUAAAAGAAGGGACAAUCGUUUGCUUCCCAAAUUGGCAGGAAAUGUAAAUAGUCAGUCAUAAGCUUGUUACCAAAAAAUUUUUUUGUCAACAUUUUGUGAAAUAAAGGACAUAUUUGUCAGGACUCGAAAGACACAAACCAAAGCCCAUGUUUUGACAUUUUCAAAUGCUGUACAAGCCACUUUUACAACAACUGUUGAAAGAUCAAAGGGGUUUUUUUUUUCCCAAGCAUGAAAGUGAGGAGACAGGCCAGUACCCUUCUCAUACAGUAUGACUGAGAGCUUGGUCUUCUGGACUGGACAAUGAAUGUAAAUCUGUGUCUCCUUCUAAGCAUAUGUCUCUAUUGUUGCCAUGUGCAUGAGACAAGAAUACGUUCAUGAGGAUCUGAAAAUGAAUAUUAUAAAUAAAGAAAUAAAUAAUAAAAGUUUAAUGCUGCUGUUUGUGUGAUAAAAAAAAAAAAGCUCAUGUUGAUGUUACAUUAACCCUGGCUGUUUAUGAUGCAUGGUAAUAUACCACCAGCUCUGACAGAAAGACAGAGAGUGACUUACUGGCUUGGUUUGGUUGGACAUGGAUCAUUUUUACAUUUCACAAUUUAUUAUGUCUGCUUUUAAUACAAUAAUAAUACAUAUUUAUGGUCACUCUUCUUGUCUUGGUUAUACUUCUCAUUAUCCAAGUACGGUGAUUUAGAAGCACAAUCAGCAUCUAUUACAUGGAUGUCUUCAGAAGUGAGUCUCUUUUUAUUAUUUAUUUUAUCCUCGCUCUCAAUUACUCUCCCUAUUCCUCCCUUUUCUCGGUCCCUCUCAAAUCAUCUCCCAUCAGUGCUCAGUUUCACCCCUGAAAUAUCAGAUCUGAAUCAUCCGAAUGUGUAGUGGACCAUGAAGGCAUCCCUAUGUAUUAGAAACACCUGUUUCCUAAACUCUGCUCUAGUUAUGAUUGGAUGUUUUGUUGAGUGCAUGAUUUCAUAAUUUGGAGUAUCUCCAUCUAAUCUGGACAUUACUUCCAAUAAUCAUUCACAUU